CUACCUCCCCCCCCCCUCUCAAAUUGGAGGUGGAGGAAGUGCCGGGUGUCGCCCCGAACACGCCUGCGGUCACACGCACGGUAGCCUCGGCUCGGGCUAAACGUUGUGCGCUCGAGGACGCGGACGGCGCGAUGUCGGAGUUCCUGGUGAGUCUGCUCGGGGAGCGGCUCGUCAACAGCGAGAAAGCCGAGGUGGACGUGCAGUCGGCGGGCGCCAAGCUCUCGCUGGUCGGGCUCUUCUUCGGGUGCAGCCUGAACGCCCCGUGCAAGCAGUUCAACGGCAGCCUGUGCGAGUUUUACGGCAGGUUCAAAAAGGCGUCGGAGCACAAGGACAAAUUGGAAAUCGUCUUCGUCUCGUCCGAUCAGGACCAGAAACACUGGCAGGACUUUUUGCAGGAGAUGCCGUGGCCCGCGUUACCUUUCAAAGACCGACACAAAAAGAUGAAGCUGUGGAACAAGUACAAAGUAACCAGUAUCCCAUCUCUGGUGUUUGUGGAUGCCACGACCGGAAAGGUGGUGUGUCGAAACGGUCUACUGGUGGUCAGGGAUGACCCCAAAGGCCUGGAGUUCCCCUGGGGGCCAAAGCCAUUUGCAGAGGUUGUGGCAGGGCCUCUGCUCAGGAACAACAGGCAGACAACCGACAGCAGCUCCCUGGAGGGACACUAUGUGGGAGUGUACUUCUCCGCACACUGGUGCCCCCCAUGUCGCAGUUUGACCCGGGUGUUGGUCGAAACAUAUCGAGCUGUGAAAGAGUCCGGUCAGAAGUUUGAGAUUGUGUUUGUCAGUGCUGACCGGUCAGAGGAGUCCUUUCAGCAGUACUUCAGCGAGAUGCCUUGGUUGGCGGUGCCAUAUUCAGAUGAGGCUCGGCGGUCACGACUCAACAGACUUUAUGGAAUACAAGGUAUUCCCACGUUGAUUCUCUUGGACGCAGAGGGUCACAUGAUCACGCGACAGGGCCGCGUGGAGGUGCUGAACGACCCGGAGUGCCGGCUGUUUCCGUGGCACCCUCGGCCCGUGCUGGAGCUCAGCGAGUCCAACGCCGUGCAGCUGCACGAGGGGCCCUGCCUCGUCCUGUUUGUGGACGCAGAGGAGGAAGGUGAAUUGGAUCCAGCCAAGGAGCUAAUUCAGCCAAUAGCGGAGAAGCUUAUGGUCAAGUACAAAGCGAAGGAGGAGGAGAUGCCGCUGCUGUUCUUUGUGGCUGGAGAGGAUGACAUGAGUGACUCCCUGCGGGACUACACUAACCUCCCCGAAGCAGCGCCCCUGCUCACCAUCCUGGACAUGUCUGCUCGAGCCAAGUACGUCCGCGACGUAGAGGAGAUCACGCCGGCCGAGGUGGAGCAAUUUGUCAGCGACUUCCUGGCCGAAAAGCUGAAACCAGAGCCCAUUUAAAGAGGAAAUCCAAGUAUAAAUCGGACAUGCUAUGUGGGACUCACUCCAUCACCGGACCCUGACCUGUUGGCGACUUCCCUCGCAAUUCCCAUCCUUGUACCGUCUCUUUCCUCAGACGUAAUCAGACAGUUAGAUGUCUCACCUUUUUACUGACAUUUUAACUUUUUGUUUUUUAAUUUUAGAUAUGUCCUCUUUUCACAGUCCUCUUUUUCUCCUGUGGUGCCUUGCAUUGACGAUAGUCCCUACAGUAAUAUAUAUACAUGGAGAUUCUGUUGUUUUUGUUUUUUUUGCCUCAAGAAAAUCUUUUUUUUUUUCUCACAA